AUGCCCUCCUCCACCACCAACACCCGAAAUACACCCCGGCGGCUCCUCCUCCUCACAACCCUCCUCGCCACCACAUCAGCCUUAGCAACACCACCACCACCACCACCCUGUCCCUGCGGCUACACCAUCAACUCCACCACCACCUCCCCCCACCACCACCACGCCCUCUUCACCCAAGCCCUAGAAUCCGAUUUCCUCCACAUGCACAACCUCUCCACCGACCACAUCUGGAUGCCACAAGCUUGCAAUGUCACCCCGGCUCUUGCACGGGGACCGUACGGGAAGGCGAGUCGGGUGGAGAAUGUCGUCCCCAAUCCUGUCCUAAGGGGUUGGGAUUGGGGAGGGGAGGGUGUGAGGGGUGGAGAUCCUGGGUUGGAGUUGUGGGUUAGGGGGGAGUUGGUAGAGAGUGAGGAAGGGGAUGGGAGUGGGAGUGGGAGUGGGGGGAGGAUGGUGGGGAUGAGUGAGAUUGUCACUAGUAGGAUGGAUGUGCUCUAUGGGAGUUGGAGGGUGGGGAUGAAGGUUACGGGGGUUGGGGGGACGUGUGGGGCUUUCUUUUUUUAUGUGGAUGAUGAGAGGGAGAUUGAUUUCGAGUUCUUGUCAAGGCAACAGCUGGAGCGAUCUGCUGGUGGCGGUGGGGUGGUGAACCUCGUGCUGCAGAGUCCCGAGAGCGCACAGCAGGGUUAUGUGGACCCUGGAAGUGCGGAUUUCAGUCUACAGGACUUAUCCUUCCAGCCGCAGGAGGGAUACCACGAAUACCGCUUCGACUGGCUCCCCGACCGCGUCGAUUUUUACGCCGAUGGAGUGCUGCUCAGAACAAUGAGAGACAACGUCCCGAACAAAGCUGGCAAAACCCAUCUAAGCCACUGGAGUAACGGAAAUGAAGGAUGGAGCGGUGGACCCCCUGAACAGGAUGCGGUGAUGGUGGUGAGUUAUGUCAAGGGGUACUUCAAUUCGAGCGAGGGAGGGGAGAUGGGGGUGUGUGAGGAGGGAGGCAGAGUUUGUGAGGUGCCGGAUCAGACAGUGGCGCCGGAGGUUAGGGGCAAUGAGGGGAAUAGGACGGGAAGGACGAUGUUCUUUGGGAAUGAGAGUGUGAUUUCGGGGACGGUCAAUGAGCCGAAGAAGGGAGAAGGGGGUGGGGUGUUGGGAGGGAGGGGGGUGGUGGGUUGUGGUUUGCUUAGUGUGGUUGGGUUUUUGUUCUUUGAGGUGUGGUAG